CCUUCAAAUCCUAAGAUUGCCUGCGCAGCAAAGAGAGAGAGAGUGUGUGUGUAUGUGUGUGUGUGGGUGGGUGGGUGUGCUUGCAGUCCAGAAGCCUGUUUAUGUUUCGCCCUUUGGUAUGGUUAUAGGUCAGAAUGGCACCACGGAGUGAGUUGCAAGCAAGAGUAUCCCGGAGUUGCGGCAACUGUCGGGCUGUCAAACGACGGUGCGACCGGCAGCUUCCUCACUGUGGACAGUGCACUCGCACACGCGAACAAUGUUCUGGGUACCGAGAUGAAUGGGAUCUCGUCUUCCGGAACCAGACAGAUGACACCAUAAAACGGACCAUGGAGAGAAGGGCUCCGAAAGAGGACCAGGCCGCUCUGCCUCCGAAUUGCAACUCUCGCCCACUACCAUCACCCGGCUUGGGGUCCAGCCUUGAUGAAUUAGGGGUCAAUUAUUUUCUCUACAACUUUAUUACCGGCAGUCAAUCCUCUUCGCGUGGAUACCUUGACUAUAUUCCGGCUGUCUACACCGCCGAUAGCCACCACCCAUCAAUGCUAGUAGCCAGUAUGGCAGCGAUCGGCCUCGUUACAUUAGCCAAUACAACCCGGCAGCCACAACUAGCCAAGCAUGCGCGCGCUAAGUAUUCAGAAGCGAUCAAUCAGGUAAACAUAGCACUAACAUCACCUACCGAAUCUGUCAAAGAUAGUACCUUAAUGUCGGUGAUCUCGUUAGGACUGUUCGAGUACGUCUCUGACUUCACAUCCUGGGCUCGACAUGUUCGGGGAGCUGCAGCACUGGUAGUUGCUCGGGGUAAGAGUCAAUUUUCGACAAGCGCCGCCUUUCCUAUUUUCAACCAAGUUCGCGCGGAUAUGGUGGCUGUCUGUAUGUAUAGCGGCCAACCGCUCCCGGAAGACAUGUGUGAGCUGCAAGACGAAGCAAGUAGGCAUAUGGACACGACAAAUGCGUUCUGGCGCCUUGGUGCAGUGGCCACCAAAUGCACAAACCUUCUUUGGGGUGUCAGGAAUAAUAGACGGGAGUUUCCCUGGUCUAGUUUACUGGAACAGGCUACUGUCCUUCAGAAUGAGUUGCAGUAUAUCUUUGGGAUCCUUUCCAUGGAAUCAGGCUAUAUAACGUCCCAAAAGCCUGGUGGGGACGCAGCUAUAUUUUACAAUGAGCGAUUUGACGUCUACAGGAACUCUUGGGCUAUUAGAGUCUGGAACAACACACGGAUCCUUCAAAUCAUAGUCUGCGAUUCUAUACGCAAUAUUGUGAACCAAGUUCUUGUUACAGACCUCGCACCCAUUAUUCGGACACCUAUGGAGCUAAGACUUCUAGACUCACAAGAAAUAUUGUCAAAGCUUGGCAAAGAUAUAAUAGCCACCGUCCCACAGGCAUUGGGGGUAAUAUCUUCGGCAUCUGAGACAGACCACACUAUCGACGUUUCGUCUGAUAUCAACGGAUCGGCCGGAUAUAUGAUGACCUGGUCUCUCUACACGGCAGGGAAGUUAUCAGUCAUGGCAAGUGAACCCCGGCAGUGGAUCAUUCAACGUCUUCAGGAUUUUGGCCACAACGCAGGAAUCACAAUGGCCCUGCAACUUGUGGAGGAUAUAAUUAAGAUAGAUCAAGGCGCUGACCGAGAAUCCCCGAUCCUGAUCUCGGGUCCUUUUAAACGAUGAAUUUAACGAUUAUUAAUAUUGACAUUGAACGUCGUG